GUUCUGAGUCUAAUGUAUCAGCUUCAAUGCCAAGUUAUAUGCUGGUAAUAAACAUCACUGUAGAAAAGGUUUUCAUUGCGGCAUGCUCAAUUAAGAAUGGAAUUUUUAGGGCUCACCCGGAGGAUAAGCUACAUUUAUCACUAUCUGUUGGAGGAGACUUUCAGAGUAUUGUCUUCGGUAUCCAGGUCUGAAUCUUGUAAUUGCAAUAAACAGUUUUUUUUUUCCUCAUCUUAUCUUUCUUCUCUUUCUAAGCUUUUUGAAAUAUGGUGAGUGUUAUGGCUCGCCUAUCUAGUACAACAAUGCUUUAGAUAUAUACUUUUUCUAAACCAGUCAAAUGGGUCUGUCCUAAAGCCGUUGACCUAUUUUGCCUAUUCUCCUACUGUAUUUGGUACUACUUUCGUGAAUUAACAAGUGAGGAUCACACUCCUCUUUUUUCCUGUGAGGAGAUCUGUAUUAAGGGUUUUGCCAAGUUCUAAGCAGAACUGAGCCUCUUGUUUUUAGCUUGUGAGUUUCACACUCAGAGGUAGCAUUAUAAUUGAGUAGCUUUAAAAUGAUUCAAUUUAGACAUUAGCUUCUUGAUUUAUGGGUUUUUAUUUUAUUUUUUAUUUUUAUUUUAUUUAUGAAUGAGGGGGAAGAUGGUGUGUUGCAAGGACCUUAGCAUUAAAUCAUAAGGUUUCCACCUAUAGAUUCCAUUCUGGUUAUAUAGCUUGAUCCCUUGACUAUAUUUCAGGAUCAUAGAUGCCCCCAUAUUCUCAUUAAUACCAAAUAUAUAUUCUCUGACUUGUCUAAUUGUAAAUUGUGAACUUAUGCAAUCUUUUCCAUCAUAUUUGUCUUUAUUUAUUAUUGCAUUCUGAUAUGGACAUAUUGGAAAUAGAUAGAUGGCUAAUUUCAUUUAGUGAUGAGUGCCUCGUUUGUUGUACAUUCUUCUCGUUCAGAAUAAUAGAUCUGGGAGAAUCAUGUUCUAUGUUUUUUGGGGUUGCUUAUCUCCUGCUACACAUCAUCAUUAAUUUUUUUUUAACCUACAUAACCUUUAUCAAACUGGCCAAAUACAUAGUAACAAGAAGUACAGUACAAUUUUAGUAAUACUCUAAAUGUCAUGUGAUGGUUGGGAAUUUUGGUUUGGACAAUCAUAUGAAUCUUUAUGUGCGAGGAUGCCUCCAAACUAGAGAGAUAUUAUUUGUCCUAUCUGUCCUUGAUAUGUUGAUGCAGGAGCUUUGCAGAUUUCAGCAAUCCCAACCUAUGUAGUUGCCUUACCUUGAAUCUAUAUAGAAGUUUCUAAAGAUACCCAUUCCCUGUACCUUCAUCAGCUUCCGGCCUUCUGCCUAGUUCUUUUUUCCACUGUCUGAAAUAAAGGUGGUCAUAUCUUCAUCGAAACUAAGGUUUUGGCGGGGUUCGCGCGCUGUGUUACUUCAUAUCUUCAAUUUAUUAGGAAUCUUAUCAAGCAUUACCUGCAAAGAAAAUUCUCGGAGACAGCUGAAGGGGAUUCAAAUGAUUUGGGUGAAAAGCAUAUCGAGGAGCCUGCUCAAACAAAAACUUCUUUUAUCAAGCUGGAACUCUUGAAAGCAUAUAGUAUUAAGGUGUCACAAUUAUCACUUGCACUUCUAGUGACUGAUGAAGCUAGAGUGGUCAAGGAAAUCAUAGGACGAGUUGAUUUGAACUUAAAAUUAUGGUCAGAGAAUCUAAAGAAGAAGUUCUUGUUGAACAUUUCUCAUUUGGAUAUCCUUUCUCUGAUCCUUAAUGAAGGCAUGGGGAAAUCAGUUGAAAACAUUCAAAUGCCACAUUUUUCUUCUGUUGGACUAAGCCAUGAUUCAUCAUGGUUCAAUCAUGAUGAUUCUACUGUACCGGUUCCGGAUGGGGAAGAGACAUCUUUGUUGUCUAAAGAUGCAAGUUUCUCAAGUCCACUUGCUUCUACAAAAAGCUCUUUUGCUAAUGACUCUGCAUCUCAAGUUGUCGAAUCAAGUGAAAGUUCUGGAAAUCAUAUCUUGGAGCGAUUGGCUACUUCUAUAUCAGCUGAGAAACCUAUCUCAGGGGAUAACAUUGGUCCAAAUUGUUCAACUCAGGGAUGGAUUGGCAAAGGUUAUGUUACAGGUUUAAAUCUGACGAUUUCUCUCUCUGAGAUUCAGAUGCUUCUGACUACUGUUGAGUCCUUGUCUGAGAUUUCUGGGAACAGUGCUACUACUGAUGUCGAAGAAAGGAGUUGGACAGCAAGCUACCAGGAACCUGAAAUAGAUUUGGAAGCUGCACUACCUGAUGGUGCUAUUGUUGCGAUCCAAGAUGUCCAUCAACAUUUGUACGUAACUGUUGAAAAUAUGCAAAACAAAUAUAAAUUACGCGGUGCAGUUCACUAUUCUCUUGCUGGCAAAAGGGCUCUUUUCAGGGUUAAGUGGCAGAAGCGAAGUAUGUGGAAUUUUUCAACAUCAUGGUUUUCAUUGAUGUCACUGUAUGCUAAGAGUGAUUCAGGGGUUCCUUUGCGUCUAAAUUACUUGCGAUCAUCUGGUUUUGUUGACAUCUCCAGCAAUGAUGAUAGUGCAUGUUCACUUUGGAAGAUUGCUCCUUGUAAGCAUGAGAAUUAUGAGGAUAAUGCUGAUCUAGAACCUUUAAAUCACAUGUGUAAAAAUACAUUCUAUCUUGUUAACAAAAAGAGCGAUUGUGGUACUGCUUUUGUUCAUGGUGCUAUGGAGUUUGUGGAAAAGCCUGGAAAUCCAUUCAAGUUCAAAAUUUUUAAUGGCCUUCCUGUGGUUCCUGAUUUGAGGAUGACUGAAACCUGUCCACCUGAAACACAUUGCCUUGCAUCCUUGGAUGGUCAAGAUAUUUCUGAAGAAGCUGGAAUGGCACCUUGCAUAAGUUUGACAAUUGAGAAAAUCUCCUUAAUCAUUGUGCAUGAACUGUCAGAUCCCAGGGACAAAUUACCUCUUCUUCAAGGAUCUAUAGAUGGCACUGAACUUGUUUUUCAGAUACUUCCCCAGAAAACCAGGGUGAUGAGCACAUUAACUGCCAUGCUUUACUAUUUUGAUGUGUAUAGAGUCAUUUGGAGAGAGUUUGUUCAGCCGAUUGAACUGUGUAUCUACUGGCGAUUAACCACCCCUUCACAGGUUACAGAAAUAUCAAAUCACGGGAUGCUCUCUCGCCUUUAUUUUAGAAUGCAGGAGCUGGAUUUUUCAUUAACGGAGGUUUUGCUGGACAUGCUACUGUACGUGGUUGGAAAACUGGAUUUGGCUGGCCCAUUUGCUGUUAGAAAUUCUGCUAUAUUGGUCAACUGCUGCAAGGUGGAAAAUCAAUUGGAUCUGGACCUUCUUUGCCAUUUUCACAAUAAUCAAUCUGCAAGAGUUGGCAGGAGACAGUCAGCUUUCAUUUCCUUGAGGCACCUAGAGGAGCCUCCUGAGUCAUCCUAUGCAACAAUUUUGCUUGAAAAUCCUGGAAUAUCUUCAACUUCUUCAGUUCAUGUACCUCUUUCCAGAACUCAGAUUUUUGCUUGGAGAACAUGCAUUACAUCACAGCAAGAUUUACGAACCUGUCCAGGGCCAAUCAUUGUUUUUGAUGUUUCAAAGAAUGCUGAGGAAGGUUUAUCGCUUAAUGUGUCCCCUUUACUAAGAAUUCAUAACAAUACUGGAUUUCCAGUGGAGUUGCGCAUCCAAAGGCCUGAAUCAAUGGAAGCUGAAUCUGCAUCGGUGGUGCUCAAAGAGGGGGACACUGUUGAUGACUGCAUGGCAGCAUUUGAUGCUAUUAGUUUAUGUGGUGGGCCAAAGAAGGCACUGUUGUCUUUGGGUGUAGGUAACUUUGUCUUUUCAUUUCGACCCGAGAUAAAGGAGGAAAGCGGUUUUUGGAAAUCUUAUACAGUUGAAUGGUCUGAAAACCUUAAAGGAGAAAAGGCCGUUCGUCUAUCAGGCGUCAUUGAUAAAUUAAGUUACCAAGUUCGAAAAGCUUUCUCUGCUGAAUCUUGGAAGUAUUCCUUUAGCACUGCUAGCUGUUUAGUGAGAUCUCAAGAUAUUCAUUUGGCUCAAAUGCAUUUCUUGGUUCAGAGAAUUGCCAGAAAUGUACCUUUUAUGCAGCCUAAUGGUCAUCGUCAAAGUAAGACAUCAUCAAUUUCUUUGCAGGAGCAAAAGGAGAUUUUUCUUCUUCCAACAGUGCGAGUAUCUAAUUUACUUGAGACAGAGAUUGAUGUACUUCUAACUGAGACAGAAACUACAAUUGAUGGCUUAAAGAACAUUAACCGGGCAACUAUUCAAUCCCGAUCUACUGCUGAUCUGUUUGCCAAUCCUGCUGUUAUAUUCUUCAACAUUACAUUAGCUAUGUUUAGCUAUAGCUAUAGCUGUAAGCCUGUGAACUGCAGUCAAUGGCUCAAAAAGUUGAAUAAGAAGAAUGAUGGUAUUCAAUUUCUAGAUAUUGAUUUGGAAUUUUGUGGUGGAACUUUCUUUGCUUGUUUAAGAUUGGCUCGUGGGAAUAGGGGCGUGCUUGAGGCCAUUGUCUUUACACAAUACACAUUGAGAAAUGACACUGAUUUUCUUCUGUUCUGUGCUGCUCCACAUCUGAAACCAUUAUCUAGGGAUGAUGCUGAGAGGCAUGCGAUUACAAAUCCUCCUCAAUUUGGGACUCUUUUGCCUCCAAAAUCACCCAGAUCUUGGUUCAUGAAAUCAAGUAAGCUGUGUAUUCAAUUGUUGGAUGAAGAAUCAUCCAAAUCAAUCUUGGACUUGGAAGCCCUUUCAGGCUUUGCAGAGAUAAGAUUUACCAAGCUGCAAGGAUCUGGGAUCAAAUAUUUGGUCAAGUUGGGGAUAUCUUUGGGGCCAUUAAUGAGUACAUUAGAUGUCCCGGCACGAAUGGUCUCUGUUGUUCCUCGAUAUAUUAUAUCCAAUGAAUCAGAUGAACAGAUAUUUGUCCGACAAUGUUUCUUAGAGGAUGACUUUGGGGAGACAGUAAGUAUCAACAGUAAGCAGAAAACAGCAUUUUUUUUCACGGUUAAAUCCCGUGAUAAGAAGGAUAUCUCCUUUUUCAACAAGCUUCUGCAAAAGCACAAGUUCUCAGACGACGACACAUCAGUUUUUGUGCAGUUUAGUCCAAAUGAAGCUGUGUGGGGAUGGUCAGGUCCAGUUUGUGUGGCUUCACUUGGAUGUUUUUUCCUAAAAUUUAGAAGACAUGCUGAAUCGUCUGUGCAUCAGUUGGAUAUUGUCCCAAAUGCAGAUGGCAUUACUUGGGAGUAUGCAGCUGUUCAUGUGGUUGAGGAGGGUCCCACCUUUGUUCUGCAUUUCUAUAUACCACCAGAUACUGGUUUGCCCUAUCGAAUUGAAAAUAACCUUCAUGAUGCUUCUAUUACUUAUUAUCAGAAGGAUACAUUUCAGCCAGAAACUCUUGCUUCUGAGGCCAGUGUAAGUUAUGUCUGGGAUGACUUGACUCGACCACACAAGCUCAUGGUCAAAGUUAAUGGUACUCAUAUGAUACGUGAAAUCAGCAUUGAUAAACUGCGCUCAUGGAAAUCCUUUUUUCGGGUUCAGAGACAGAGUGAUCUGAUGUCUCAUCUAACUGGAGAUACCAGCAGUUCUGACAGAAGGAGAACAAAUCCCGCUCAGAUGAAUGGUACUGAUGUGGGCAACGUGGGUUAUGAAGUUUACGUUGAUGGUCCAACUCGUGUUCUGCGAAUUUCCCACUCACCUGGCAGACGCAAAGCUGAUAAUAAGUAUCAGUCUUGCAAGAAGAUUCAGUUGAGAAUCUCUUAUUUUGCCAUACACUUACUUGAACCCUGCAAGCAGGACCAGCCGGAGGAUGUGGAUCCUUAUGAUCUAUCAAAUUACACACCAAUUAUUAUCGGGAGACUAGAGAACAUUAGUAUUGAUUCCAUCAUCAUUGAUCAACGGAAAUACAAUCAGAUAAGAGUACAGUCUAUGCAUUUAGAUGAAAAAUGGGUUGGAGCUCCAUUUGCGGCCAUGCUCAGAAGACAUCUGACAUCCAGCAAUGUCACUGAUGACCCUAUUCUCUUUGUUGCCUUUGUCUUAUUUCCUACUACCUCAAGUAUUCGAGAUGUCAGAUACUCAUCUAUUAUUCUGCAGCCAAUUGAUCUAAAUCUUGACGAGGAGACAUUGAUGAAAGUUGUUCCAUUUUGGAGAACAUCUCUCAGCUCAAAUACUCAAAGUCAACAAUAUUACUUUGAUCAUUUUGAGAUCCACCCAAUAAAGAUCACGGCAAGCUUUCUCCCAGAGGAUUCAUAUUCAAAUUACAGCUCAGGACAAGAGGCACUGAGGUCUCUGUUGCAUAGUGUCAUUAAGAUCCCGGCCAUUAAGAAUCUAGAGGUAGAACUCAAUGGUAUCUUUGUUACUCAUGCUUUAGUUACAACUCGUGAGCUACUUUUAAGAUGUGCACAACAUUAUUCAUGGUAUGGCAUGCGGGCUAUCUAUAUUGCAAAGGGAAGCCCACUGCUCCCACCAGCUUUCGCAUCAGUCUUUGAUGAUUUGGCAUCCUCCUCACUGGAUGUAUUCUUUGAUCCUUCCAGUAACUUGUUUAAUGUUCGAGGCCUCACUCUAGGGACGUUUAAGUUAAUCAGAAAGUGCAUUGAAGAUAAAGGUUUUUACGGAACAAAGCGAUAUUUUGGUGAUCUUAGCAAAACUUUGAGAAAUGCAGGAUCCAAUAUACUUUUUGCUGCAGUGACUGAAGUAUCAGACUCUGUACUCAAGGGUGCAGAAAGCAGUGGUUUUAAUGGCAUGGUGACAGGUUUUCAUCAUGGAAUACUGAGGUUAGCCAUGGAACCAUCGUUAUUGGGAACAGCAUUCUUAGAAGGAGGCCCUGAUAGAAGAAUCAAGCUUGAUAGAAGUCCUGGGAUCGAUGAGUUAUAUGUUGAAGGAUAUCUGCAGGCUAUGUUGGAUACAAUAUAUAAGCAGGAAUAUUUGAGGGUUAGAGUCAUUGAUGAUCAGGUUAUUCUUAAAAAUCUACCCCCAAACAGUUCACUUAUUGAUGAGAUCAUGGAAAGGGUGAAGGACUUCCUUGCUAGCAAGUCCUUGUUAAAGGGAAACUUUUCAACCAGGUCCCGCCCUCUAAGGCACCUUCGAGGAGAGAACGAAUGGAGAAUUGGGCCAACUGUUCUAACUCUGUGUGAGCAUCUGUUUGUGAGUUUUGCAAUCCGUAUGCUGAGAAAGCAAACAGACCAUGCCAUGGGAAAACUUAAGUUGAAGAGAAAAUGGGUGCAUAGUCGCAAAGAGAGUGAAUCAUCUACUGGUGCCAUUGCCACCUCUAAGGAACCCAAGGGGAAGUUUAUUUGGAGAUGGGGAAUUGGGAAGUUUGUCUUAUCAGCUUUGGUGGCUUAUAUUGAUGGACGAUUGUGUCGCUGUAUACCAAAUCCUGUCGCAAGAAGGAUCGUAAGUGGUUUUUUAUUGAGUUUCCUUGAUAGCAGUAACAACUCUAAAUGAUUGAUAAACUUGUACAGUUUCAUUUGGAGAUAGUGCAGGGGUUCAGGUCUUACUAGUUUUAGUCCCACUUGUGCAGUGCUUGAAGGAUAUUUGUACAAUGUACGUACAUCAGUUUUGUUCCCUUGAGAUAGCAUGUAAAUGAAUUAGCCCAUAACAAAUAUCAAAAUAAUAUAGAGGGAUAUUCGACCAUUUAACAUUUUUUAUACAAAUCUCUCUUUUUUUUACUCAAAUUUUA